AAUAACGAUAUUCCUCAAAAAGCUGAUAGCCCCUAUCUCAUUACUGACUACUAAGUGCCAAAGAAAACCAUGUCGGACAUCUCGAGUCCAGCCGUAGCGCCACAGCAACAGAAAAAAUCAUUCUACCAACGCAGUCGACAAGCCACGCUCGACUCUAUAGCCAGCGACACAAAUUAUGACUGGUUGUUUCAGAACAUCCGCUUCUUCCUCGAGUAUCCACAACAAGUCUAUCUUCAACAUGGAUCAAUCAGGACAGACGACGAACUCGAGCAACAACUCAAACUUCUGUGGUUCAAAACUAUAGAAGCCGCCAAAGUGUUUGCGGCUGAUGAUGAGGCAAGACAAUAUAAACUUGUGGCUUGGAUUGCUGCUGCUAGAGCGAGGGAGAACGUGCAGAGUACGACGCAGGAUCCCUUCGAGGCUGAUGGUGGAAAAGUGAUGUGGAGGGACUUGCCGUUCUUCAAAGUUGCAUUGGAGGAAGCUUGGGGAGGGCGAGCGAGUUUGUCCAAGGAUGCUUGGACGAAUUUGAAUGCUUUUGUGUCUCGACUGGCUGCGGUUACUGGGAUGGAUUUGAUGCGCUUUGGACUUGAGACUAUCCGAGAGGCUCUGGAAGAGGAACGGCCUAUAUAUCCGACUGGCGACGGUGGGGAUACUGGGGAGAAGUCAGUCGCCGAUCUGCUACCGGCUGCUCUACUCUGGCUCAAGCACACACAUUCGUUCAUGUCGACAAGACUUCCACCAAUCGAACGGGCUGUCAAAGAUGGCGUUGAGCCACCAUCAGGUUGUGGUGAGAGUGUGGCACCAGGCGAUCUGGCGACCGCAGAUGGAGUGUCAAGAAAUGGUAUGAGUCUCACAAGACAAACAUUCUGGAGGAGACGACUCUUCGAGAUUGGAGAGUGCAGCGGAGAUCAAGAUCCGACGGCGAAGGAUGCACAUGAUUUUGCAAAGAGGAUGGGGACUUGGCCGCUCCAUUGGCCAAGCGACUUGCGAGAUGUACCUGGGUACGAGGAGCCUGUCAAGUAUGAUGCUAGUGCAUGAUGUUUCUAACCAUUAGAAAUAAGUUAGCAUGGGAAGACAUCGAUGUUUCACCGUGAUGGCUAAGAAUUAAUGUUGCCUCUUUGCGCCCAAAGUCGGAGUAGUAAAGUAUCUGACUAGUCGCA